CGUUCAAUUUAUUGCUUUUUUGUUCAAUUUCAGAUAGCAGCAGCAGUUUUCGGUACGCACGGUGUAUUAUUCACGAUGGCACAUUUGAAUGAAGCAUAUUUAGUAUCAUCGACAACGAUGAAAAGAACAUCAGCUAUAUCGCUCGGACGCUUACAAUUUCCGAGUUUGGAUUAUGACUUCACUCUACGCAUGUUUUUUAGCGAAUCUCAAACGGGCGAUCAAUUCAUGCCAUUGUGCAAUGAUAUAGUUUUAUUUUGCUUUUACGAAUCUAAAAAUCUCCUUGCUAUCUUAAUUGACAAAACUGAAUUCAAUUCACUGUUGUUUAAACUUUUGCAAAUUAAGGAAGAUGACAAGGCAUUUGUAAAAAGAGGUCUGAAGCGUAUACAUGUUAGUCGUAGUGGAAUGGUUGUUUCGGAUGGUAACUGUAUUGCUUCAAUGGAUCACUUUGGUCAAAUUGUUUCCUCUACGUAA